AGGUAAGCCAGUUUGCACGUGAACUUGCCCGAGUGACGUCCAAACGGUCGCACAGAGUGGCCGCAUCAUAACAAAAUACUAAACAAGCAGUUUUAAAUUCUAAAUACGCCGACCGCCAACUGUGGACUUGUGACCUCGUCAAACGAUUUACAUAAAUAAUGAUUCUAUCGGUAACGUUUUUAGUGAUAACUGUGCUUCUGUAUUUAUUAAUCACAAGGAAACAUAACUACUGGAAAGUAAGAGGAGUAAAAUAUGAAGAGCCGGCGCCUAUGGUCGGCAGCAUAUGGCGGGUGUUUAGACAAAAUGUCAGCUUGUCUCAGUAUCUGGCAGAAUUAUACCAGAAGUAUCCGAAAGAAAAGUUCGUCGGGUACUUUGGUGGUAGUGCCAUUUCCCUCCUUGUGAGGGAUCCUGAGCUUGUGAAACAUGUUCUAGUGACCGAUUUCCAGUAUUUUUAUCCGAGAGGGUUAAAUACUCACAAGACAGUGAUAGAGCCGAUGCUGAAGAACCUGUUCUUCGCGGAUGGAGAUCUGUGGAAGCUAUUGCGGCAGAGGAUGACGCCUGCCUUCACGUCCGGCAAGCUGAAGGCGAUGUUCCCUCUGAUCGUGGAGAGGACCGAGCGGCUGCAGCGCAUCGCCGCCGCCGCCGCGGAUCGCGGCGCGGAGGUGGACGUGCGCGACCUCAUGGCGCGCUACACCACCGACUUCAUCGGCGCCUGCGGCUUCGGCAUGGACACAGACUCCAUCACUGACGACACAUCCCCGUUCCGAGAUCUAGGAAAGCGUAUUUUUACUCCAACCCUAAAAGGAACUAUUAGUUCGUUUCUAAAGUGGACUUUUCCAGAAACAUUCAAACAUUUACACCUCACAGCCUCAGAUGUCACAAGAGAUACGAUUGCUUUGGUGAGAAGCAUAAUGCAGGAGAGAAAUUACAAGCCUGUUGGAAGAAACGACUUUAUAGAUUUGCUUUUCGAGUUGAAAGCAAAGGGGGUUAUAUAUGGCGAGUCGCUGGAGAAGAAGAACCCUGAUGGGACGCCGCAGACGGUGGAGUUGGAGCUGGACGAGCUGCUGAUGGCGGCGCAGGUGUUCGUGUUCUUCGCGGCGGGAUUCGAGACGUCCUCGUCGGCGACCAGCUACACGCUGCACCAGCUCGCAAUGCACCCCGACAAGCAGGCUAAGUGCCAGCAGGAGAUCGAUGAAGUGCUUGCACGGCAUGACGGGAAAUUAUGCUACGAUGCUGUCAAAGAGAUGAAGUAUCUACACAUGUGUUUUAAGGAAGGCAUGCGAAUGUUCCCAUCCCUGGGCUUCCUCAUCCGGCAAUGUGUGAGGCCAUACACGUUCCCAGGAACCGACGUGACUAUCGACGACGGCGUGUACGUGCUGGUGUCCGUACAGGGGCUGCACAACGACGAGCAGUACUUCAAGGAUCCGGAGCAGUUCAGGCCGGAGCGGUUCGGCGAGGGGGCGCCCUCUAUACCUAACCACGUGUAUCUCCCGUUUGGAGAAGGACCUCGAGCGUGCAUAGGUGAGCGUCUGGGCCUGAUGCAGUCGCUGGCGGGGCUGGCGGCGCUGCUGCGCCAGUGCUCGGUGGCGCCCUCUGCCCGCACCCGCGCGCCCCGCGUCGACCCCGCCUCCUUUGUGGUUCAGAAUAUACAUGGGGGGUUACCGCUGUCAUUGAUACCGAGGAAAAUAUCCAAAUGAAUUGAUUGAUAUUAAAAUAUACAGUUUUUGAUAUGUAAAAUUUACGAAAUCUUAAAGACUAUCUGGUCUAAAGAUGUUAGAUUGGAAACAGUCUACGCUGUUAAAUGUUUUCAGUGGGUAGUAGGUACUAAAACUGCAUUGAAAGACAAUGUAUUAUUAGUGUUUGGGUGUAAUACAUUUUGCGAAAUCUUAAACAAACUUGUUAUACGGAUUGUUUAUAUAUUCACCUGUAUUAAUUUACGGGGUGAAUAUAUAGGUCAUAUUGAGUAACUUUUACUAUGGGACCAACCCCAACAUCAAAAAACUCUCCCAUAGAAAAUGAGACAACCAAAAUGUAUGAAACAGACAAAUUUUUUUUUCGCGAUUUCGGGGUUGGUACAGUCAGCGUCAAAUACUUUGUAGCAACCAAAUUAGCCAAAUAGUUCGGUACACCAUAUAGUUAGUAUGGUGUACUGAACUAUUUGGCCACUUUGACUGCUACAAAGUAUUUGACGCUGACUGUACCAUAGUAAAAGUUGCUCAGUAUGACCUAUAUAUUCACCCCGAUAUAUUGCAGGUGACUAACUAAACAUCCUGUAUAUAAUGUAAUAAGCACAUUUUCAACACACUACCUCGAUUGUUCAAAAACUGAUGAGAAAGUUGCAUUUUAUCCACAUGUGUAACAAAGUAAUUUAAUGCAAA